AUACUUCUGUUCAUGCUCCGGUAGUGUCAUCACAACCCCAACUGCUGCCUCAUUCAAAGCAUCCUCAUUCAGGUGUCGCGGCACAGGCUCGGUCUCCACUCGGCGCAAAAUCUGCCAACAUCGUGGCAGCAAAUCCUCAAGCUUCCCAUGCCGGACCACAGAUUCUCGCUCCACAUAUGUACCUAUCAUUCUACGACUUGGAGAACAUAUACUGCCCAAACAAAAAGGACUACUCGGCUAGAUUAGCUUGGCUGAAGGAAAUCGGAUUGGACGCGCCGCUGUUUCACUACAGAUAUACUACACUAUACCAGAGACAAGAAGUUGAGGACGCGUGGGCUCAAAUUCCGCCACAUCUUCGCAAAUAUGUGGAACGCCAAGCCGUUAUGUUCAAGUACAAGACAACAAUAAAAUUGGACUCAAUACCCCUGCGACAUGUUCCACCAGAGGUCCUUCCGCUGCCAAUCUCAGUCCUUGCAAUGCAAUUCUUCAAUGCACUAGGAUGCAAUCUCAAUGAUGUUCGCAAUACUAUGAACAAGCGGAGAGCCUGGCUCAAGGAUCUGAAUCUGCACGGUCCAUUGUACAGUAGUCUGUGUGUGUAUCUCCCAGAAACGAAAGCUGUGGAUCAAUUGCACUGCAACUCUUAUUCUGUUAUAGAGAGAAGAGCCAUCCAGGCCAAAGCCGCUUAUCUACGAGUCAUGUUGAACCCUCCAAAGCCUUCUUGGGUUGACUUUGAGAGCAAGUAUUCCUCUUCUCCAAGAUCAAGUCCGAAAGGUUAGCCGAUUUCGAGACACGACGCCGAGGCUGGCUCAAUUCCCUGAGCUUGGACUCCGAACCGUUCUUCUUCAAUCCGAGAGAUACAAAGGAGGGCAAGGUCAUGGAAGAAAAGGUGGAGGUUUGCUGGAAUGAUCUUGGUCUAGCUGCACGGCAACAGAUUGAGCUCACGGCGCAGACCAGCGACAACACAGUACUUCAAAAGUUGUCCUUCACCGAAAUUGAGCCAUUCAUUGGUUACGUACUAGAGAGAGACUUUCCUAACAAGUUUGCGGAGUUUCAUGAG